GUUGUGUUGGACAAUGCGAGGGUUUGCGCCAAAGCGGGGAAGAUGGUGGAGGCCAAGUACCCCGGUAUUUUCAGUGUGGGCUGCGCAGCCCGUGCCUUGGAUCUGGCCCUGGAGGACAUGUACAAGUGCAUGGACUGGCUGAAGGUGGUCGUCGACAAGGGCAAUCAAGUUGGCAAGUUUUUCACGAACGUCGACAAGGACCGCGCAAUGUACAACCGGAUCGCGAAUGCACAACUGAAACGGCCGGCGGUCACAAGAUUCGCAACGAACUUUGAGAUGCUUCAGUCGCUGAAGGCGGGGAGGAAUCCGUUGGAGCUGUGUGUCUGCAAUGUCGCGUGGGUGGAGAAGUUGGUGAGGGCGGAGCAGGUGGCGGCAUUCAACGCCGUCACCCACAUUAUCAUGGACACGAACGGCUUCUGGAAGGUUGUGGAUAAGGCCAUUGCGGUGAUGGAGCCAGUUGUCAAGCUCCUUCGUUUGGUGGACGGUCCAGAGGCAACAAUGAGCAAAGUGUAUUUCGGCAUGGAUGCGGUUCUGGCAAGAAUGCGCACGCUGGACUGCCUGUCGGAGGCCGAGAAGGCGGAUGUGGAGAAGAUUUUGAUGGACCGGUGGGCGUUCAUGACAUCAGAACUGGCCGCCUUCCUCGACCCCGAGUACAGGACGCACACCAUGCGAGACACGGAGAUUCGCGAGGGGUUCAACAUUUGGCUUUGCUCGUGGGCGCCACCGGAGUUGCUGCAGGGAGAAAUCAGCAGACAGGUGGACAUGUGGGUGCAGGGAUUGGGCACCUUGGGGUCGCAGAACGCAAGGGACCAGGCGAGCAAGCUCGUCGGCUGCGUGCGAGCGAAACUGGAGCUUGCACCAGCUCAUUUCGGCCAACGCCGCACGAAGAUGUUGCCAGAGAGAUUGAACAAGCUGGUGUACAACAAUUGGAAUAUCCAAUUGUCGACGCGAAGAGAGCGAGGGGACGGGGAAAACGUGCACAUCCCGUGGAAGGACGAUGAGCUGGCAAGCAUGGAGGUGAAUGAGUGGUACGACGAAUGGGCUGCGACGGAGGUCCGUGCGGACGAUUUCGAUGAUGCCCCGCUAGAGCGCACAUGGCUGCAGAACAAUGAGGAGGAGAACUUCACGGAUGACGAAGACGAUAUCGCCGCACUUGGUUCGACGGAGAGAACAUGGCACGCGAACACGAAGCCCGGGAAGCACCGGAUGCGGGAGCUGCGCAGGAAGUCUGGUGUUCAAGAGCCCGAACCCGGGUUCGUGUACACAUUGGAGGGUCGUGACCAUGCAAUGAAGGCACGUCAAACUGGCGAAUGGGUGCAGGGGAGGGAGGAAGUGUCGGGGCGCGGGCGGCGCAAGAAAAAGGCAACGGCAUCGGACGUUGCCGAGGAACAGCCGGUUCAGAAACGAAAGAGGAAGGUCGCGGAGGAGGAUGCAGCACCAAAAAAGAAGAGAGGGCGGCCUCCGCUUUCGCCCGCGAAGAAGGCUGCAAAUGCAGCAGCACGUGCAGAGGCCGCAAGGGCUGCGGCAGCCGAGGUGGGAAGGCCUUCGAGGAAGAGAACGGCCGAGGUGAUCGAGGAUGACGAAGAAAAUCCGGGUCCCAGCCGGAAAAAGCAGUCUUCUUCAUCCUCGUCAUCGUCGUCCGAAGACAAUUCACCGCGGGAGGAGGAGGAAACAUCCCAUCAAUCGGACGAUAGUGGAGAGGCGGACAACGAUGAGUCGGAUGCGGACAAGUCGCAGGCGGAGUCAGACGGGGAAGAACAGUCCGGGGGGGAGGAGGACGAGUAGACAUUUGUGAAUUAGUAUAGUGAGGGUAGUGUGUCCUUGCGCGCUUUUGUGCUCCUGAAACAACAAACUUUGCAAACUCCG